AAGGAGCCGGUAUGGCGAAUUUAAAGCAUUUUUCCGAGAAAGUAAGAAGGCAUGAGCAAGCUAGGAGCCACAUGGAAAAUGCUAAGUGUCUGGGCAUGUUUGAGAGAGCUAACAUAGCAGCUCAGCUUGAUGAUGGCUACAGGAUAGGCAUCUGUAAACAUAACGAGGAGGUUGACAAAAAUAGGCAUGUGCUGUCUAAAAUAAUAGACUGCAUUAAGUUCUGUGGUGCCUUUGAGCUCACCCUGAGAGGCCAUGAUGAGAGUGAAAGCUCCAAAAAUCCAGGUAUUUUCAGAGGGCUGGUGGAUUUUGUAGCAUCACUAGAUGCAGCUGUUCAUGAGCACCUUCAGACUGCCACUGUGUUUAAAGGGACAUCCAAAACAGUGCAGAAUGAACUCCUUGACUGCAUGCUGGCAGUUUUGACAGAGUCCAUUAUUGAGGAAGUUCAGUGUGCAGACUUCAUAUCCAUCCAGGCUGAUGAAACAAUGGACAUCUCCACCCAGUGUCAGCUUGUUCUUGUGAUCCGCUACAUCGACAAAAUGAAUGAAGUGCAGGAGAGAUUUUUUGAGUUUAUACCUCUGCAAUCUGCCACAGCUGAGUCCAUUGCCACAGCACUUUUGGAGAGGCUGAGCCUCAUUCUCCCUGAUGACCAGAAGAGCAAGCUCAUCUCCCAGGCCAAUGAUGGUGCGAGUGUCAUGAGAGGAGCCACAGGUGGUGUACAGAAGAAAGUGAGCGAUGUGUAUGCGAAUGCACACUAUGUCCACUGCUAUGCUCACCAGCUCAACAUUAUCAUGCAGCAGGUGACAUCCCGUAUCCCAAAAGUUGGUCAGUUCUUCUCUGACCUAGCUGGAUUCUCAGGAUUUUUUUCAAGAUCCUCGAAGAGUACCAGUGUGCUUGACAGAGUGGUGGCACACAGGCUUCCAAGUGCAAGCACAGUAAGGUGGGACUUCCACAGCCGUGCUGUCAACACUGUGUUUGAGCACAAAGACGACCUGUAAUAAAAAAAAAACUUCUGAUUAAUGUUAACCAUAAUAAGUUAUUAUUUAUGAUACUUAAUGUGCUUAAUUUCUUUCUGUUUCCUGGCAACUAAAGUUUAAUUUUUUUCUCUUCUGGGGCUGGUCAGAGACUCCUUCCCUACUGUCAGUGAAGAACAUCACAGCUGUGUGCCUCAGCAGCAGCUGGCCACGAAGCGCCGCACACUGGGACCAGAUGAACUACAGAGGAUAGCUAUAGAGGUGAGAUCAAAGCUAAAACUUAGUAUCCUACGAUAUGUCUGUGACUGUUGUCCUUCCUGUUGUUAUUCCUUUCUAUAUAUAUGUGGACGUCGUCUCUCCCUGAAGUUGAUGAGUGGUGACCUGAACAAUCAAAACUUUUCUCACCACUCAUCAGGACACACAGCUUCAUAAAUAAAUCUAAUAUCAACUGGCAGCGGUUCCUCCUGGCCUUACCAAUCAAUGUGUGUCUUUCUUUAUAGGUUUGUGACACAAUCCUGGGCCAUGCAAAAGAGAGGUUUGCCUUCACCAAACACCUAAUCAGUGCUACUCUGCUUCAAGGAGACAGAUUCCAGGAGUACGACAGCCAGUUCCCUGAAGCAGCGCUCAACACCACCAUGGAGGCCUAUCCAAUGCUGAACAAGGGCAAGCUGAAAACUGAACUGUCGCACAUCUUCAGCAACACAGAGUUCAGGAGUUGCAAUGGUGCUGUGGCUCUGUACCAGCUCUUCAUGAGCAACAAUCUUCAGGACACCUUCUCAGAGACUGUGUCUCUCCUGAAGAUCCUCAUCACGAAUCUGAGAGGUGCUUCUCAACACUAAAAAGAAUCAAGACCUUCCUCAGGAACACGAUGUCGCAGGAUCGUCUUAAUGCACUGGCCAUGCUCUCUAUGGAAAAGAAACUUGUCAGGGAGACCCCAGAUUUUAACCAUAGAGUCAUUGAGAAAUUUGUGUGUCUCAAAGACAGAAAAGCAAAACUUGCAUACAAAAAAUAACACAGAUGUAGAGGUGCUGGCUUUAAUCUCUAAAAUGUGAGGAUUUACUUUUUUGUCAUUUAAUAAUGUAAAUAGAAAUGUUAGUUGACACAAGUGGCACUUUAGACUGAAAAGCCUGUUGAUUUUCAUAUGUUCUGAAAUCUGAGGAAUUAAUGUUUUUCUUUAUUUUCAUUGUAAAUAUUUAAUUUUAGUUGACAGAAGCACCACCCGAGCGUGCUUUUUUUGCCACACUGGCUCGGAUAGUCUCAACGAGUGUCCCACAACAUACAAGAGAUGAGAAGUGAAUGAAAACCUCCACAAUACUUGCCGAUCGCUAUUUGUUGUGGUCUGUAUCCAAAUCUCGGGACGCUAGAAAACAAAUCUCGUUCCAAAAUCGUGCGAUAGCUUGCGCCAAAACACCGGUGGGGGAAACAGCUGUUUGCCUCAGGUGAAGAGAGACGAGUGGAGCGAUUUUGUGUCGGAUUACAGAACAGUUAGUUUUUUCUAAACCUGGUAAAACUAAUGUGUCAUCAGUGCGCAUUUCCGAGUUGUGGCAACAGAAUGGUGCGCUACACUUCGCGCAGCUUUCACAGACUACCGUACUCGGAGAAGGAAACGCUAAAGUUGUGGCUAAACGUUUUACAAAUGGACCCUAAAACUCCAGUUGAUGCACUUCGAUGUAAAAACUUUGGUAAUCCGUUCACACAUAUAUAUAUGUGUGUGUGUGUGUGUGUAAACUGUGAAUGUGAGUGUGAUUGUCUGUAUAUGUAGCCCUGUGACAAAAUGUCGACCUGUCCAGGGUGUCCCCCAUAGAUAUACAUAGAAAGGCUAGAUGGCUGAUGGGACUUUCGCCGGUGACAUCACCGGUCGGCCAUCUUACCUAGGGGGACUUUUCCGGAGCACUCUAUAGUAGUGGAUGGAAGGUUUCCCCAAAACGCAGAGAAGAGGAGGCAAUGGGAACUUGCUCUAAGAAGGGACGGUUUUGUUGCAUCAAAAAACUGCAAACUGUGCAGCGAACAUUUCAGGAGUGAGGAUUUUGACUGGACAGGGCAGACUGUCCGGCUUAAGGCUGCCAACCAUUUUCAACUUCCCUGCUCAUCUCCAAAGGCCGGUAGCAACAAGAAGCACUGCUGCCUCUAGAAGAGCAGAAGAAAACCUGCCCAUGGACCUGCACCAGGAUGAGUCUCCACCUGAUGUUGUGACUAUUUGUACACAACUAAGAGCAUCAUAUGGCUUAUCAUUUAUCUCAGUGGUGCCCAGGAAGGGAUAUGAUGGUGUUACUUGAAGAACCCAAUAUUAUUUGAGGUGGUAAUCUGUGUAAAAGGAUUGAGAACCACAGGCUGUCACUUGCUCAUGUCACUCAUACACUUUUAUGAAUAAGCAUGUGCAAACUACAACAAGGCGUAGGGAACCUUUACAAUCAAAACUGACAUUUUUGUUAAGAGACCCAAAACAUAAUUUUGCCUUUAGCCAAGCCAAUUUAUUAAAAUCAGUUUAUUAAAAGAACACUGAUUUGGGUUUUGUUUUGUAGAUUUAGAGACCAUAGCAUUGUAUUGAACUCAGCACUGAUAUGUGAACAUGAAUUGUUAAAAGGUUACCGUUAAUACUGUCCUCAUUAUUAUUAUUAUUAUUUAUAUAUUUUUCCAAAGCCUCAGGCAGCCACUGGAGAGAGGAGAAAGAGCCUGAAGAGGAAGGCCCCUGACCACCUGUAUGCAUUGCCUUCCUGCCCCAAGGCUAUAAAGGCCAAACUCGAUGCAGCCUUGGCAACAGUGUGGAAACUGCAGCGGGAGAAGAGCAAUGCCUUGGCGAGGGAGAGGAGGGCAAAGAAAAACAAGCAUGCUCUUCUGGAGGAACUGAAAGAGAAAAAUCUGAUCAAUGAAGAACUGAAAGAGAAGCUUGAAUGCUACUCGGAUCUUCCAGUUCACCUCCUGUCGAGGAAAGGUGUAGAGUACACCAAGGCCCAGAGAGAGUUUGCCCUUACACUCCAUCUUCACGGUCCAAAGGCAUAUCACUAUCUGAGAGACACUCUUAAAAUACACCUCCCACAUCCCAGUUCAUUGC